AUGGCUUCAUUGCGUCCGUCUGCAUCUUCUUGUGCCCUCUUAGUGGAGCUCCAGUCCACUGCUGGGCUCCGUGCAACAAAGUCACGGCUAGCACGCGUCUCCUUGGCCGGGCUAUCAUCGGAAACGCCCGAAAUGCGUGCACAGGUAGCAGCUCAGCUUGCUUCACCGUCGCUACCGCCACCUCCGUCGUCGUUCCAGCAACCGUCGCUGCCGUCGCGUUCAUCUUCUCCGUCGCCUCCUUCGCCACCACCUCCAUCGCCACCGUCGUCUCCGUUGCCUCCUGGAUCUUAUGUGGCUUCGCCUGCUUCAGCUUCGCCCGCGAUGAACUCCGCGGCCAUCAUUCCCCCCCUGACGAUGGUUCCGUGGCAAUUGCAUUGUGGUCCGCUUUUCGGCAGCUCCUCCGAAGAAUCAGAGGAGGACGACUCGGAGGCUUUGCGUGCCACACGUCCACCAUCCCCCACUCCAUCAGCGAGUGGUUUGUUUGACGAUAACAGCGACGAGGAUACCGAAGUGGUUGGUGGGCUCAAUCGACUCAGGCGAUGUACUGACUCGGGCGACUGGCAUCUGUAUGCCUUGCCUCCUGUUCCGGCGAAGCAUCCUGUGAAUGGCCGAGCCAAUCACUACGAUCCAACAGCCCCUUGGGAUUACUCCGUUCCUGUCAACGUUGAGCAGCUCCACGACGUUCGCGGUGAACAUCCGCAUCGGUGCUUUCUUGUGGAAUGGCAAAUUACGCCGCUUCAAUUGAGUUGGGUUUGGGAGGAGCAACUCGUCCCACGAUUUGCUCGCCGUAUCGAUCAAGUAAUGCAGUGGUGUGAAGAUCUACGCCCUGGUGCAUUCGCCAACUAUUACAAGAAGCAUUUCGUUCGUCGUGACCAGGCUUCUCCCGCUGGUGGCUGCUUCAUGGACGCGUUUCGCGCGGCGCUGUAUCACCUUGGUGACAUUGGCCUUGCCUCCACGGCCACUGAACUAUGGGUAGACUUCGAGCGUGAUCAUCCAGGUACUGUCGACGGGGUUUCUCGUGCGGAAGCUACGGAGUUCUUUCGAGUUCUUCAACGCAACAACUUUCCGCUGGAUUACGAUCUUCUCUUCCAGAGUCCACUUGAUGCUUCGUAUACGAAUGUGGAACGGUUCCAGUCGUUUGUCCAAACACUGCGUGAGGGAGUGUAUCUCACAAGUAUCGGUGACGGUCUCGUUGGACACUGCGUUGUUGUUCUCGCGAAAGGUCCAGACACUGCUGUCUCGGUACUGGAUGGAGUCGAACCGCCUGUGACCCCGGAGCCUUUGACGAACUUGGAGUAUCUCGACAAAGUCAAAUGGAUGGGUUUGAUGAAGUUGAAUCCGGGGUACCGUUGCCGCUGUGGUAAACCCAAGUCUAGGCCGAAUCGGUAG